AUGAAUGCCAUUCACCUUUACCUCUCAGGUGAAUUUGAUACCACCAGACGGGAGUCCGCCAGAGUGCCUACCCAAAUACGAGGUUACGGACGUCUAGCUUAUGGCGAGCCAGUUGAAGAGUCCGAGAUAUCUUGCAUCACGAAGAGUUUGCAAAGCUGCUGGGCUGCCUUAAAGCAAGACCGAGCUCCCGAUACCUGGGGCAAGGCCGGAAACAAGAUCCUCGACGAAGUUGCGGAGGAGAUGGCACGUUUGCACCCUAUUCUUGCCUUGUGCGAAAACGGAUGGAAGGUACAUGCGAUUGCGACAGAACGGUAUCCCUCAUGGACAGCUACACACCUGGACAAGAAAAAAAGGAAGGUUGACAACACAGGGUUCAACGAUCGUGGCACAUCAAAACAGCAGAAAGUAUCUGGGCCUGUUGAGCCUGAGUCUGAUGUAUUAAAGUCUCGAAUCACUGGCGAUGAGUCUACUAGUAACCUCUCCGAGCCUAAGGUGAAACAGGACACACCGCCGAAAGACAUUAUCACGACUCCCAUCCUCAAUUUCCAGAAUGGUUCGAGAAGCGAUAUCAGCACUUCCGAGCAGGAGCAGAUAUGGAACGGCAAUACAGUCGACAUCAUCAACAAGAUCUCUUCGGGGAAGAAAGACGCAAAUGACGAAACACGUCCAACAUAGGGUCAAUGACCCCAACGG